UAUUUGUGGCAAAUAUUUUUUAUAGUCCAUUGUUUGCCUUUACGUCUUUUAAAAAUGUGGUUAUUAUUUGUACAUCUUUUGUGAUUUCUUCUAUAGCUUAAAAGUUUUGGAUAUAUUUUCCCAGUUUGAUUAAUAUUUAAUUAUGUUUUCUUUUCAUUUAAAAAUUAUACUAAAUUCUUUUGUUCAACAAAUAUUCACCUGUCACCUACUCUGAGCCAGUCCUUAUGCUGGCUGUUUGGAGCCUGGUAGAGACCAAGAUAUAAAUUACCUCUGAUCACUUGGAAAUAGGAAAAGGUAGAUAUUUUCAAGUAAUGAUAAUCUAAUUCUAGCCUCCUAAAUGGCAGGCAAAAAGUCUUUUAAUGAAGUGCUCAUGAUGCCUGUUCAGUUAUCUUUUAGAUUUUGUUUGUGUGAGAUUAAUUGUUUCAAAUUGUCAUCUACUUAUUACAGUAUCAUUUAUUGUAUAGGUGUUUUCUAUGCAUUGAUAUAUGGUAUCCUCAAGACCUAGAGUCUUAUCCAUAUAAUAUGGAGGCAGUAUAAUGUAUGUGUCCUGGAGUCAGGCUGACUUGUGUUUAGAUCCUGGCUCUUCACUUACUAGCCAAGUGACUUUGGACAUGUUGCUUAUCCUGUCUGAACUUUUGUUUCUUCAUCAGUGAAGCAGAGUGGUAAUAUUAUCUAUUGUAUGAUUAUUGUUACAAUUAAAUGCAAAAGGGUUAACACUUUUUCAAAAGAUAAUGCAUUAUUAUAUUCUUGUCAGGUGAUCUUGAUGGUAAAUUGCCCUAUUCACGAUAACACGGUAUGUUUCUCUAUAGGUGAAAGUAACAAACAGUGAAGCAGCAUUUGGUAAGGAAAUGAGUUGCAUCAAGAAAAAGCUCAUAAAACUAGGUACUUUUCAUUGAAUCUUUUGCUUCUGAGCGAGAUGCAAGCAUAUCUACCUCAUUGUUGGAGGGUGUGUGUUUUUCCAUUAGCUCAGUGGAAUUGAAUUCCCAAUGCAUGUAGGUGAAUGGAAUGUUGUAAGAGCCUGCACAACUUGAGAUAGAAAUAAUCACAGUACUCCAUGAAGUUCUUAGAUCCAGACUUCCUUGCCUCUGAGAUGCCAGGUGCAUUAUUGGUCUUGGGCCUUAUUAUAUUGCUAUUUUAAUUUAUUCCUCUUUCCUGACCUCAACUUCAUAACAAUUUUUGUUCUUGCUUCUGGUCAUGGGUCUUGGCUUAUUCUGUUGCUAGGUAUGCUGGGCUCCUUUUCUGCAUUUGCCUUCCUUUUCACUCUUUAGCAAGUUCCCUUGCAUAGAUUCCAAAUUAACAGGGAGGGGCAGAAGGAGCAGGUGGCCAAAGGAACACUGGAAAGGUAGGAUGGGGGUGCUGAGGCAAACAGGGAGAACUAUAUUCAGUGCCCACUUACCACCUGUGGAUCUCAGCUCUUCAGCAAAAGCUUUGGGGAAACAGAGGAUCAAUGAACUUCCUGGAAUCCUAAAAAGAAUUUCUUUUUUCUUUUUCAGUCCUGACUUAAACUUGAUUGUUUUUCAAGUCAUUUCUGUGCAUUGUUUGGCAUCACUCACAUUAUAGUAUCUAUAAGAAGAAGACAUUCUGGGGAAAGAUUUUAAUCUGUUUAUAGCAAACAUAAUUAGGAGAAAGUUGUAGAAGCAAAGGAGGUUGGUGGCUGCACCAGAACAAAAAUUGUUCCGUUUUAAGGGUUACAUCAUCUCUGAGCAAAGUGAAAUGAAGGCAAAUGAGAGUGAAGACAGGUCUGCCCAAUUCCUUUUAAAGCCGCAGAAACCCAUUCAACCUUACAUCUGCUCGACUCUGGGUGAUUUUGAAGAAGAGAGAGACUUUUUGGCAAGCUACAUCUUCCCUCAGCUGAAUGAGCUCUGCAAUUCCCGGGGCACGUAUUUCAAAGCUGUGGACCUGAGGUGGUCAGGGUUGGAGGCCCAAGUACCCUCACUGUCCAAUCUGUUUAGACAGCAUUUUUGUCUCCAGUCGCAACACCUGAAGCUCUGUCUCGACUACGUGAACAGCUGCUUUCCUUUUUUCAUCUGCUUGCUGGGUCAGACAUACGGGGACUUUCUCCAUAGCUACUCACCUGUCAUGUUCUCCAAGGCAACUGACUUGUCAAGUUUAUCCAGAGUGGAACAGAAUCUCUAUGUUGCUGCAAAAAACGGUUAUCCUUGGGUCCUGGAGUAUCCCACCUGCAGUCUAAUGGAGUUAGAGGUCAUCCAAGCAGCAUUUCUGAAUGAGUCUCAAUUUCAGUAUUUUUACUUUAGGAGGGGAACCAUGCCGCUGAAGACUUGGGAUGAGGAAAAGGAGGAGAUGCUGUCUUCGGGUUGUCCGACUGACGAUGAGGAGAGAUUAAAGAUCGGAAUGCUGAAGGCCAAGAUUAUUAGCAAAGGGCUCCCUGUCAGGUUGUAUAGAGAUCUCCAUGAGUUGGGUGAGCUGAUUCUCAAGGACUGGUUGGUCGUGAUAGAGAAACUUUGCCCAGCCACUGUAAUGACGGAAAAUACAGACUUUAAGCACAACUUUGAACGUUUCUAUCAUGAAGAGUUCACUGAGAAGUGCAAGGAAGUGUUUGUUAUUUCCAAGGAGUCUAGCAGGAUCUUUGAAAUCUUGGAAAGAUUUGCCUUAAAGGAUAUGGAAUCUGAUUUUAACAGUCCUGCAGCAGGCUCCAGCUUAGACUCUGUUCUCAGAAUAAAUCCUCUUCCAGCUUACAAGUCUGUUUUGCUGUUGUCUGGAGAACGUGGUUGUGGCAAGUCCACUCUACUUGCCAACUGGGUGAACUAUUUCAAGACGAAAUACCCGAACAUGUUGCUGAUCCCUCAUUUCGUGGGCAGCACCUGUGAAAGCAGUGACAUCAUGUCCGUGAUCCAUUACUUCAUCACAGAAUUGCAGUACAAACACUAUGGUACCCAGCUUGAAACUGAUAUUCUCAAUGAAGAUGCAAAUAUCUUGGCCUUUUCACUUCUUGUGGACGUAUUCAUUGCUUCCAUCAAUGUAAAGCCAUGUAUACUUGUACUGGACGGAAUUGAAGAAUUGGCUGGCAUUUAUGGGAUUUCAGGAGAGAAGGUGAAAGAUAUCUCCUGGCUGCCAGGCUCGCUGUCUCCUCACUGCAAGUUGAUCGUGAGCACCGUCUCCUCCAGCCUGUCCUACAAGUCGCUGUGUGCCCGCCCUGACGUGAGGACAGUGGAGCUCGUCAGCGCAGUGGACAAAGAAGCCCAACUACACAUCUUUAGAGAGUAUCUCUCUUUUACCAAUAGAGACCCCUUCCGACAGAGCAGAUACAGCUUGAGGAAAAAAACAAACCUGAGUCCUUUAAAGCUCACAAUCCUGGCAAAUGAAUACCAAGAGUGCAGAAUCUACCGAAACGAGUUCCAGUGCCUGAAGGAGUACUUGGGGGUGGCCUCGAUUCAGGAGCUCUGGGCAUUGAUUCUGAAACGCUGGGUUGAAGACUAUAGUUGGACUUUGAAACAAAAAAAGGCAAAUUCUGACACUGUGGCUUCAGGAGAAGGGUUGGACGGCUGGGUGUCUGACACCCUGUGUCUGUUGAGCAUCUCGCAUUGUGGGCUGGCCGAAGACGAGAUAUACCAGCUUUUGGACAUGCUGGGCUACAAGGGGCAGUACAAAGUGACCACGUUGCACUGGGCUGCCUUCCGCAAUGCCACCAGACACUGGCUCCAGGAGAAGCCCAACGGCCUCCUGUACUUCCGGCACCAGUCCCUGCGAAGCGCUGUGGAACACAAGCUGCUGGGUGUCAUCACUCCCGUCAGAGAGAGCAGUCCAUAUAGCUUCCAGGACCCAACGAAUCACAAGAAAACACAUUUCCACCGAAUUUUGGUCAAAUACUUCCAAAGGCAAACUGAUUUCUGGAGAGUGUAUCAGGAGCUUCCCUGGCACUUGAAGAUGAGCGGCUGCUGGGAGGAUCUGAGCAGCUUCCUCUCAAGUCCCAGCAUCACCGACUUUAUAACAAAGACCCAAAGCCCGAGCUUCUGGACAAGGCUGCACCUCAUCCACUACUGGAAUGUGUUAUCAGAAAUGGGAUAUGAUGCUACUGAAGCCUAUUUGCUCACAGCGGCCAAGAUCAAAGCAGAUCAGUGCCAGAAAAUGAAGAAGAGAUGUACGCUCUCAGUGUUGGAAUGCAGGCUUUUUAAGGUUACUGCUGCUGACAAAUGCCGAUUAAUAUUCUUUAUUGCAAGAUUUCUGAAGCUUCUGGGCAAGACCAGUGAAGCGGAAGAGUUAUUCUUGAGCAUUGAGAACAUGUUACUGCAGAGUCCGUCCAUGACCAAAAUGCUUCCCAGAGUGCAGAAUGCUAUCGGGGAGCUCUGUCUGGAAAUAGGGAUGACUCAGGAAGGCUUCCAGUAUUUCCAGAAAGCGUGGUUCAACCUGCUGGAAUUUUCAUCCAGAAAUUUAAAAGACAACCAGGACUUGGUAAAGCAAAAAGGCAGAGUGCUGAACAACCUGGCAAAGUCAGCAUCUGAGGAGUACUUAAAAGAAAACCAUAUUUUGCAAUGUGCUACCGAAAUUUCCAGCUUACUGGACAGCAAUCCCUGCGACCAGGCCACCAUGAAAUACACCGAAGGUGUUCUAACAUUUGCUGCUGGAAACACUUGUCUUGCAAAAAUGAAACUUCAGGAAUGCUUAAAUAUCAGGAGAAAUUUGUUUGGUGAGAAAAGCAUCCUAGUUGGAGAAAUUAUGGAAUUUUUAGCAGAUUUACUGUUUUUCCCACUGAGACACAGUGAAAGAUUCCAAAGGAAGCAAGCAAUUGAAUAUUAUAAACAAGUGAUAAAAAUAAAGGAAAAUGCGGGCACUCUGGCCAACUCCUCACUCGUCAGGAAUCAACUGAGCAUUAGCCUAAGUGAUACCUUGUGUAAAUUAGCAGGUCAGUUACUGGUAAGUGACUCCUGUCAUCAAGUCAUGUUGGAGGCUGUGGGCUAUUUGUACAAAUCACUUGAUUUAAGGGCCACCUACCUUGGAUAUUCUCAUUCAUCGAUCCCUGGAAUCCUACACCUUCUAAGGGAAGUUGAGCGGACUUGGGGUAGGAGAUAUUGGCCUCAAGGUAUGAGCCAGCAGUCUUCUGAAGGUCCUAGGCAUGGCGCCUCAUUUUUGGAGCACUUGCUUAAAUUAAACUAUCACAGUGCUCAGAGUUCAGACACGGUGAGCUCAGCAAUGUGCACCAAAGCAGAUAAGCUACAGGGGGCUAAAAGCUUGGACUUGGUGGCUGAGACAAUUUCAGAUAAAUCAAAACAUGCUUCAGGACAAGGGAAAAAGCUCUUGAGACCCAUUGUUUCCAUUUCAGCUGUGGAAAAGACUCGAUGGAAGACACAGAGUAAUGUUGAAAUAUGGAAUGGCCUGGAAAAAGAAGCAGUGAAGAAAAAGAAAGAUUAUUCCUCUAAAACUUUACCUUUGGGUAAAAUGGAUGGUGUAGUAAAGCUUUCACGGCAACGGAUUUUGUCAGCUAAAAGUGAGAGUGAAAAAGGCCUAAUUAAUGCAAAUUACCAGCAUCCUCUGGUAGAGUCUCUUAGCGCAAAUAAUCCCUGGAAAUCUGUAUCUGAGCUCGUCUCAGAGAAGUGGCUUUUUCAUAGCCCAGAUUACAGUUCAGUUUCUCACAAGUGUUUUUUGCAGAGAAGAUCUCAGUUUGAAACAAAGUUGAUGAAGACCUCAAAUGAUACUAAUAAAGAUUUUCAUGGGCUCUUCUGUGUAACUUUUUUCUACUUGUCAUUAUUUAGAAUUCUUCGAUGAGAUAUUUUCUGGUGAUAAUCAAGUUCGGGGAUUUUAUUUUUAUUUUUUAGCCCCUUGAAAUAUUGAAACUGACUGUAGCUAAAAAGAACACUUUUUAAGUCAUUCAUAUUUCUGUGGUAAGUAGAAAACUGUUGAUAUCACAGGGUUCCACAUCUAAAAAUAAGUGGAGAUAAUGUUACUAAAGUUAUAAUUGUGUUACUUUUACUAUCAUUUGUCUAUGAAUUUAUGAAUUAAUGUUUCAUGUACACAAAGUUUAUAAUUGCUGUCACCACAUCUCUUAAGUAACAUAAGGAGAGACAUAAAUUGGAAUAAACUAAAACCA